GGUUGAUAAGUCUGUCUGUUCGCCGAGAAAAAAAAAACCGAGUGGGAAAAACGUUGUAAAUUUGUCAAUAAAAGCGGAGUUAAAAGAACGACAUUCCGAAAAAAACAUUGUCCUGAGUGAUGCCAAGAAAGAGACAUGAUACGUCAUCAGAAGAUUCAGAUAGCAGUGAGGAAGAAGUGAGGUCCGACAGAAGGGAUCGUCGAUCUCUGCAGGGAACUGAUCAUGGCAAUCAACAGUAUGCCAGUCCUCAGAAAAGGUCCAGGGGCAACCAGAAUGCUCGAAAACGAAUGGACUCGGAACGAGAUUCUAGUCCAGACAGUGCUGUAAAUAGGGGUAGAGAACAUCAGUAUUCAUCUGAUUCAGAUACAAGUCCAGUAAAGCGAUCUGUUGUCUCUAAAGUGGAGAAGGCAAAUGCUCCUGGAAGGGUACGUGAUUCCAGGGAAUUUGAUAACAGAAAUAGAGGCAGAGGAGAUGACAGGAGAAAUUUCAGGGGUGCAAAUCAAGGUCAGAGGUCGAAUCGCAGGGAUGAUUCUCAAAAUUCAUUUGGGAGAAGGAACGAAAUGAUCUCACCAGAUGGAAGGCAAAGAAGAGUUUCUACUUCUCCAGACAGACAGCGAUUAGGUAAUCGGUUGCCAAGGAGACAGGAAAGAUCAAAUAGGUCACUAAGCCAGGAAAGAAAUGAUUUCAGAAUUGAAACAAGAAGUUCAUUUUCUCCCGAUAGAAAUGCAAGAUUUGGUCAAAGAAGAAAUGAUAAUCAGGGUAUUGGCAGAGGGCAGAAAUCACCAGGUAGGGGUCAGGGUUGGAGAGACCAGCCAGUAAGGGGUAGAUUUGAAGACAACAGAGGUCAGGGUUAUAGAAAUGUUCAACAAUCAAGGUCAUUUGACAGACAGGAUAGAGGUCAAGAUAGAAAUAAACAAAAUAGGGGAAGAUCUCGGUCCCCAGUGAGAAAUAGGACUAGAAAUGAUUCAGAUGUUAGCUUUGAAAAACGAACAAUUUCUCCAGAAGAAUUAAGAUCAAAUAAAGGUCAAAGGCGACAAAAGUCUGUUUCCCCAGCAAGGUCAAAUAGGGAUUUAAGAGCAGGUGUGUCAGUUUCACCUGUAAGGUCAAACAGGGGUCAGAGAUCAAUAUCACCAGAAAGAUCGGAGAGAGUAAAUAAACAAGGCAAGGCAUUGGAAAAGAAGAAAAACACCCCCGUUAAUUCGCCCUUGAAAUCUAAGGCCAGAAGUGGAAAUAAAGCAAAGAAGGUAAAAGAAAACCAAAGUGUUGAGAGAAGUGUAAUAGAUUCAGAUGAGGAAAUUGAGAAGUCCUCACAGACCUCUAAAAAAAGUAAAAAGAAGAAGAAAAAAGAAAUUGCAAAAGAUGACUCACUAGAAAGAAGUUUUGAACGUAGUAAACAGCUCCUGGAAGAAAGUUCACAUUCCAAAGAUUUCGACAUUCCUGAGCCUGAUGAUUCCGUUCAGGAGCUCAGUCCUUUAAAGGGUCGUAAAAAGUUGAAAUCAAAACGGCAACGAGAAUAUUCAGAGUCGGAGCAAGAGAUAAUGUCGAAAAAGAGUAAAAAGGCAAAAAAUGUGGUGGAUAGUGGAAAAAAUGUAAAUAAAAAAGCUCAAAAGAAGUCGAAGAAGAGAGUUUCAACUUCAAGGUCUCCCAGUCCUGAUGAAAGAUCAUAUGACAGGUUGAGGUCAAGGUCAUCAGAUAAAAACAGGUCAAGGUCAUCAGAAAGAUCAUUUGGAAGGAAUCACGACAUGGCUCAGUUUGAAAGUGAACCAGAAAGCGGAGAAAUAACUGACAGUGAGGAGGAGGCAGAACAAGCAAGGCAAUCCAUGAAAAGCCUGAUCAAUAAGCCUGUAGGAGAGGAGGACCAACAGAGCAUGGAAGACGAGAGGUAUCUAAAUCAGAAAAAGAAAGCUUCAAAACUGAAAGAAAGGGAUGGUUCAGAGAAAAAAGAAGGAAGGAAAGAACAUGGGAAAGAAAGAGGAAAUAAAAGGAAAGCUGAAGAAACCAAGGAGCCAGAGCCGACGCCUGAACCAGAAGUUGCUACCAAGAAGCCCAAACCUGCAGCUGUAGGUGUUGAAGCCUUAACUGGGAGAACUGGCGGGGCGUACAUACCUCCUGCACGUCUCAGGGCCAUGCAGGCUAAAAUCACUGAUAAAUCAAGUGUGGAGUUUCAACGUAUAUCUUGGGAAGCCCUUAAAAAAAGUAUAAAUGGUUUGGUGAACAAGGUGAACGUGGGAAAUAUAGAAAACAUUGUUCGGGAAUUGUUUCAGGAAAAUAUUGUCAGGGGACGUGGAUUGAUGGCACGAUCUAUUAUACAGGCUCAAGCAGCCUCUCCUACCUUCACACACGUAUAUGCUGCACUGGUAGCUAUUGUAAACACAAAGUUUCCACAAAAUGGAGAGCUGGUAUUACGGCGACUGAUUAUACAGUUUCGUCGUGGAUACAAGAGGAAUGACAAGAGUAUCUGCUUGUCAGCAACAAGAUUCAUCGCCCAUCUCGUCAACCAACAAGUGGCUCAUGAGAUUUUAGCACUGGAAGUACUUACACUUCUCCUAGAAACUCCUUCAGAUGAUUCAGUCGAGGUAGCCAUAGGAUUCUUGAAGGAAUGCGGCCAAAAACUGACGGAAGUCUCACCUAGAGGAAUCAAUGCCAUAUUUGAGAGAUUGAGAAAUAUUCUCCACGAGGGCCAGAUUGAUAUACGUGUACAGUACAUGAUGGAGGUGAUGUUUGCAGUGCGGAAAGAUCAGUUCAAGGAUUUCCCGGCUGUUCUCGAGGAUUUGGAUCUUGUGGAAGAGGAAGACCAGUUUACUCAUCUUUUAACACUAGAAGAUGCUGUCAAUGGAGAGGAUAUACUAAAUGUGUUUAAGCCUGAUCCAGCCUUUGAAGAAAAUGAGGAGAAGUACAAGAUACUGAAGAAAGAAAUUUUGGGGGAAGGAAGUUCAGAUGAGGAAGAUGGAUCAGGAAGUGGAAGUGGCUCCGAUAGCGAUGAGGAUUCUGAAGAAGAUGAGGAGGCCAAACAGAAAAUUAUUGACCAGACAGAAACAAACAUGGUUGCAUUGAGGAGAACAAUCUAUCUUACGAUACAGUCUAGUCUUGACUUUGAGGAGUGUGCUCAUAAACUCAUGAAGAUGGAUCUCAAACCCGGUCAAGAGGUGGAGUUAUGUAACAUGAUACUCGACUGUUGUGGGCAGAUGAGGACCUAUGAGAAAUUCUUUGGACUUUUAGCAGGGAGGUUUUGCAUGAUUGAUAAGAAAUAUGUUACACCAUUCCAAGUGAUGUUUAAGGAACAGUAUGACACAAUACAUCGGCUAGAAACAAACAAACUACGUAAUGUGGCCAAGUUCUUUGCUCAUCUUCUGCACACGGAUUCUAUUUCAUGGGCUGUUUUGCAAGCCAUCAGGUUGAAUGAAGAUGAUACAACCUCUGCUAGUCGAAUCUUCAUCAAGAUCUUGUUUCAAGAGUUGUCCGAGUACUUGGGACUACCAAAACUAAAUGACAGGCUUAAAGACCCUACACUACAGGAAUAUUACGCAGGUCUUUUACCACGAGACAAUCCCAGAGACACGAGAUUCGCCAUCAACUUCUUCACAACUAUUGGUCUAGGGGGCUUAACGGAUGACCUAAGAGACCACUUGAAAGACGUAUCGAAGAAGUUGAUGCAGCAGAAACAGGAAGAACAAGCUCAGGCGAUAGAGGAAGACUCUGAUGAUGAUUCUGACGAUUCUUCCGAUGAAUCUGAUGUGUCGGAAGACAGCGAGAGCUCAGACAGUUCUUCAGAAUCAGAAUCUGAUGAUGAUGACAGGAGAAAGAGAAAGAAAGCUGAUAAGAAAACUAAGUCAAAUGUGGAAAAGGACAAAAGAGUUAAAGAUAAAGGUAGACAAGAAAAAGUUAUUGAGAAAGAUAACAAGAAAAAUAGGGACAAAACCAAUGGAUCUCUGGAGAGAAGAGGUAGAAAUGAUGUUGAAAAAGAUACUAAGAAAGACAAAAAGAAGAACAGAAAAGCAGCAGGAGACAUUAGAAAAGAUAGAAAAAGUGAAGAUGAAAUGAGACGUGAACAGGAAGAACAGUUUAAGAAGUUGGCGAAACUUGCUGAUUACGGAAAUAUAGAGGAUUUAGAUGAUAGUUAUGAACAAGAAAGGAGAAAAGGUGGUGAUGAUUGGAAAAAGAGUAAAAAGGAUAAGAAAGGGAAGGGUAAAGAUAAAAAAAGUAAAAAAGGAAAACGUGAAAGUGACAAUGAAGACUAUGAUGAGGAUUUUCAGGAUACAAGAUUGAGUGAUCAGAGAAAAAGGAUUCCAGUUGAGCUGGAUGAGUUUGAUGCAAGAGCAUAUGCAGAUAGAAGUUAUGAUAGUGGUUUUGAGGGAAGAGGAGGGCGAGGUGGUGGUCGAGAUGAGAGAGGGGGUGGGGAUAGACGAGACAGGAGAGGAGGUGGAGGGGUAAUGCGAGGGGAUAGAGGUGGAUUUGAAGAUAGGGGUCAUAGCAGAGGAGAUGGACAAAAGGGGAAGGGGUUAGGAAAGAAGGGAAGAGACUAUAUUGAAGAUGAUUUGGAUGACAGAGAUAUUAGAAUUGAGAGAAACUUUGAAAGAUUGGAUUUGUAUGAGGAAAAGUUUGAAAGAGAGCGAGAAAGGAAUUUGGAACAAGUGAGAGGGAGGGAGGAAUUUCAGGAUUAUUACAGGGCCAGGGAGGGAAAUGAUUUGCCACGUGGGGGCCCAUACAGAGGUAGGGAUUUGCCAUACAAGGGUGGGAGAGAUGUAGAUAGGUUUGAGUUUGAAGAUAGGGGUUUCGAUAGGGGUUUUGAGAAUGACAGAAGGAGAGGGCGAGAUAGAAGUGAAGAACAAGUGCCAGUAUCGGGUCGUAACGAUAGACGUAGGAGGCGAUAAGCUUGUCCUCAAUGUCAAAUGUUAAUUCUCUAAGUUGUUGUAUCAUGUGUUUUAGCAUAGGUACUUAAAGGACAGUGUACAUGAGAUACAAAGGGUUAAGAUUUCUACUGUAAAUCAGAUGUUUUUUUCAUUGCUUUCAUUUUUAGCUCGACUAUACGAAAUAUGGAGAGCUAUCCUACUUGACCCGACGCCAACACCAGCGUCGGCGUCCACACUUUGGUUAAAGUUUUGAUGCAUUUCUCUUUAUCUUUGUUAUUACUUCAUGGAUUUACUUCCUCAUCAUCACCCACAUCAUAUGGCACAAGGGUCAUAACUCUAGCACCAAUAUUUCAUGAAUUAUCCCCCCUUUUUACUUGGAAUUUCAGGCUAAAGUUUUGGUGCACUUCCACUUUAUCUCAGUUAUUACUAAAUGGAAUUGAUUCAAACUUAAAAUAGUUGUUCAACAUUAUCAUCCACAUCAUAUGGCACAAGGGUCAUAACUCUCGUACCAAUAUUUCAUGAAUUAUCCCCCCUUUUUACUUAGAAUUUCAGAUUAAAGUUUUGGUGCACUUUCACUUUAUCCCAGUUAUUACUAAAUGGAUUUGAUUCAGACUUAAAAUAGUUUUUCAACAUCAUCACUUACAUCAUAUGACACAAGAGCCAUUACUCUUGCACCAGUAUUUCAUGAAUUAUUCCCCCUUUUUACUUAGAAUUUCAUGUUAAAGUUUUGGUGCACUUUCACUCUAACUCAGUUAUUACUGAAUGGAUUUGAUUCAAACUUAAAAUAGUUGUUCCACUUUAUCACCCACAUCAUAAGACACAAGGUCCAUAACUCUGGCACCAAUUGUUCAUGAAUUAUGCCCCUUUUACUUAGAAUUUUAGGUUAAUUUUGAUGCAUUUUCACUAUAUCUCAGGUUAUUACUAAAUGGAUUUGAUUCAACUUGACAUAAGGUGCAUCACUCUUGCACCAAUAUUUCAUGAAUUAUGCCCCCUUUUUGCUAAGAAUUAUACUUAAUAUUUAAUCUCAGUUAUUAUUAAAUGGAUUUGAUUUAAAUUUAAAAUAGUUGUUCAGCAUCAUCACUCACAUCAUAUGACACAAGGGUCAUAACUCUUGCACCAUUAUUUCAUGAAUUAUCCCCCCUUUUUACUUAUAAUUUCAGGUUAAAGUUUUGAUGCACUUUCACUCUAACUCAUUUAUUACUGAAUGGAUUUGAUUCAAACUUAAAAUAGUUGUUCCACCUUAUCACCCACAUCAUAAGACACAAGGUCCAUUACUCUGACACCAAUUGUUCAUGAAUUAUGCCCCUUUUUCUUAGAAUUUUAGGUUAAUUUUGAUGCAUCUCAGGUUAUUACUAAAUGGAUUUGAUUCAACUUGACAUAAGGUGCAUCGCUCUUGCACCAAUAUUUCAUGAAUUAUGCCCCCUUUUUGCUAAGAAUUAUACUUAACAUUUAAUGUUUUGAUACAUUUGAUCCUUAUCUCUCUUAUUACUUAAUACUUUUGACACAGACUCGAGCUAUUAUCCAAUAUUUCAUCCACGUUGAAGUCAUUGAACACUCCAGUGACAGCUCCUGCUUCGUCAAAUGCGCCCAGUUUCACUAUCCAGCUUCGAAAUAGACGAGCGCGCUGUCUCCUGUGACAGCUCUUGUUUUGCAAUUUGUCAGCAAGCAGCCUUAUUAGCAUAAUUAAUAAAGCCCAUUAUUUUUAGUUUUCUAAUCAUGCUUAAUACUCAUGGCUGUUUGAGAUUUGCUAAAUCACUUUACCAAUAUAAGUGAAAAUAAAACAGUCAAGUAUUGUCCAGUCUGUAGGAUUGUCAGUAAUGAUUGUGUGCAAUUUUUGUAUUGGAGGACCUACUUUUUAUAUAACAGACAGUCUAGUAUUUCUCUUUAGAGUUGUUGGUAAGAACAGGCUAUUUUUAUCAGUGUUAUGGAAGCAUUUUGUUUCAAGAAGCGUUAAAAACCAAAAAAUCAUUGUUUCAUUGUUAUAUCUACAUGUAUGAUUGUAUGUAUAAGUUGUAAAUGAACAUGCAUUCAGUGUCUUCUUUUUCUAGUAUUUGAUGUAAGGCCUUGAUCAGUUUGAAGAACCUCAGUGUGAAGCUGUAUUAUUGAGAUAAAGUGACCAAGUCUGUAGAUGGAUGUAGAUAGUGUUUAAAAAUCAUUUUUUAUUGUUGGAUUUUGUCUUAAAUUAUAGCUAUGAUUUAGUAAAUCUGAUUUUUCGUGUUAGAAUGAAUUCAUGUUGAUGAAUGUUAUAUUUAAGUUAUUCAUAUUUUUUCUAAAACACAUUAUACUUAGUUUUUUUAGCUUGACUAUUCGAAGAAUAGUUCGAGCUAUUCUACUCACUCUGGCAUCGGCGUCACACCUUGGUUAAAGUUUUGCAUGCAAGUACAAAUAGCUAUCAUUUAAAGGCAUAUAGCUUUGAAACUUACUUUUUCUUUUUCUAGGUCAAUUACCAUCCUCACUGGGUCAAGUCCCAUCACUGACAUGUAUUUUGGUCACUUUUGGACUUAGAAAACCCUUGUUAAAAGUAGCAUGCAAGUUACUAUCUCCAAAGCUAAUGCAGAUAUUGAUUUGAAACUUCAGAUGUGUCUUUGGGGUUAUAAAACUAGGUGAUAGCAUCAAGCCAUGUAUUUUGGUCAAAUUAUGUCCCUUUUUGACAUAGAAAGUCUUGGUUAAAGUUUUGCAUGCAAGUUACUACAUGUAUCUCAAAAACUAAUGCAAAUAUUGAAUUGAAACUUCAUACAUUUCUUUGGGUUUAUAAAACUAGGUCGUAACAUCAUGUCCCAUCACUUUGACAUGUAUUUUGCAAAAUUAUAUCCCCUUUUGAACAUAAAACCUUCUGGUUAAAGUUUUGCAUGCAAGUUACUCCAGAACUAAUGUAGAUGCUGGAUUGAAAUUCUGUAGAUAUUUUAAAGGGUAAUAUUUUUGCUUCUUGGAUAACAAUACGAAUAGUCGAGUAUUGGCUAUCUCACGGACAGCUCAUGCCAAACGAUACCAAUGAGCUUGGUUGCUUAUGCAUAAUUCAUAACUCUUGAAUAAAUAUUUUAUGAAUUAUGACCCCUUCUUAUGUAGAAGUUCAGGUUAAAGAUAUAUCACUCGUCUUUUUAUAAAUUUAUGGAUUUGAUUAAAACUUAAAUCAGUUGCUCUUCAUCAUCACCAACAUUUUAUAAGAAUGUACAUAAAACUGACAACUGUACAUGUAUUGCAUGAAUUAUACCCUUACUGAAUUUCACAUUCUGUUAUGAUGCGUGUUAAAUAUGUCUCUGUUAUUACCAAAUGCAUUCAAUUCAGACUCAAACAAAUACUUAUUCCACAUGAUCAUCAGCGUUAUAAUUAUAUGAUAAAGGUUGAUAACUUUGGCACACAUUUUUCAUAAAUUAUCCCCCCUUUUAAAUUCGACCUUUUCCAUGAGGAAUGCCUUAUUUCACUAUACAGCAUCAAAUUCAUAAGAGCCAGCUAUUUCCAUUGAAUUUUGAAUCUUCUGCUAUGGGAUCAUGGAAUAAAUUUCCAAUUUGCAUGCAGUUGUGCAUAUUGAUUUUAAAACUCUGGCAACACAUAUGUACAGCUCCUUGUAAUUGAUUAAUUAUUAGUAAUAAGAAUAGUAAAAUGAAUGAAAGUCAGUGCAGUAAACAUGCAAUAUGAUUGUUAUGAUUUUUAGAGCAAUUCCUCAUGUUAUAAGAUAUAAAAUGUCUCUUUUGCAACUAGAGGUUGGUAUUCAUGUAUAAAUCUACAUCAUUUUAAUAUAUUUGGCAUAAAGUUGUUCUGUCGUAGGAGUUUUUAAAAGUGUAAUCAUGUUUAAAUUUUUGUACUUGACAAUAUUUUGUAUGUGAAAGUUUAUAAAUGAAUAAAUAUUUGUGCUCCAGAGAAAUGAAAGUUUAAACGAAA